AUGGCGACACCUGGGCGGCGGUGGCUGGUGGGGCUGCUCCUGGCGGUGCGGGGCUUCCCCGCGCGCCGAACCCUGCACUACUGGGCCCCGGUGCGGGAUGUGCUGUUCUUCGAGCACGAGCCGGGCCGCUUUUUCGCGGUUCUGGGGCUCUUCUGCGCUGGCGAGGCCGUCUUCUGGGCCUCCCUGGCCGGCGCAGCUUUGGCCCGACCCUGGGUCCCCGCGCAGCUUCCGGAUGCGGAGAUCCCAGACCCCGGCCGUGUGGACGUGCGCUCCGCGCUCUGGCGCUAUGGCCUGGCCGUGGGCUGCAGCGCCAUCGGUACCCUGGUCCUCGCCGCUGGACUUCUCCCUCCGCUCUGGUUCGGUGAUACUGCAGGUGGAGGGCAGCAGGUGACCCUCACCACUCACGCCCCCUUUGGCUUAGGUGCGCAAUUCACUGUUCCCUUGAACCAAGUAUCCUGCGUGGCCCCUGCCAUGGUGUCUCUAAAGGUCAAAGGCCGACGCUUCUACUUCCUCUUGGACAAAGCUGGGUAUUUUCCUAACACAAAACUCUGACAACACUGUGGGUGCCUACCGUAGCUUGUGAAAAAACCACCUGGGGACACUCGCCCCUCCAGGAGGGGAAUAAAAACAACCUUUAGGUCCUGCCCAGUGUGGGGUUGAAGCAUUGUCCCAGUGCGUGGAAAGAUCUUGGGCACGCUGGUGGCUCAGUGGUUAAGCAUCAACCUAUGAACCAGGAGAUCACAGUUGGAUUCCCCAUCAGGGCAUAUGUCCAGGUUGCAGGCUCCAUCCCAGAUCAUGCAGGAGGCAGCCCAUCAAUGAUUCUCAUUUUGAUGUUUCUCUCUCUCCCUUCUUUAUUGAAAUCAAAUCAAUAAAGAUAUAUUUAAAAAAAGGGAAGGAUCUUGGGUUCGAUUCUAGUCAGAGCACAUGCCCAGGUGUGAGUUCCAUCCCUGGUUGGGGUGCAUAUGGGAGGCAACUGAUACUUCUCUCACAUUGAUGUUUCUCUCCCUUGCCCUUUCUCUAAAAUCAAUAAAAACAAAUCCUCAGGU